CGGUUGAAAUCAGGAGGAGUGGGGGCUGUCUGGCUGAGCAAAUAGAAAUAGAAAUGGCGAAAUCUUGUAAAGGUUUGGCUAUGGAAUUGGUCAAGUGUCUCAGUGAAUCUGAUUGCGUCAAGGUAGAGAAUCGACCUUUUAGAGAAUGUGCUAAAGAGAAGAGCCCCGUCAUUUCUAGUGAAUGUGUUGGACUCAGAGAAACAUAUUUCAACUGCAAGAGAGGCCAGGUUGAUAUGAGAGCUAGGAUUCGUGGAAAUAAAGGUUACUAAUCUCUGCAUGUUCUUGGAAAUUUUUUUGCAACAUUAAAAUUAGUUGGUAGUCUUUUGUAUUUAAUUACGAACCAUGAAACGUUAGUUGUUAAAAAUACUAAAUAUUGUAUUUUGUAAAACAAAUGUUGAGGAAUAAGUAGGCAUUUGAGCUGCUUGAGCACUGAAUUAUGUACACUGGGUCUGAGGCCAAAAGAAGCCAUAUUGAGGAGUGUAAUGUAAGGGUGCUGUGGUGUGGUUUCUGAUGAAAUCUGAAUGUGAGAUUCCAUUUUGGGGAUU